ACCGGUGGAUUUUUUUUAUGGUUGCGUCUCCUCAGUGCGCCCGAGCGUGCUGCGUCCGCGGCUCUGAUUGGCCGGCUGGGUGAGAGCUCCACAGCGCCGCACCGCCCCGGGAUUCUCUGGCGCAGAGAGAAAGCGCAGCUUGUCCGCCAGCGAGCACGGAGCUGGGCUGGGAGGGCAGAUGAUGUGAUGUGAUCCAAUACGGGCGGCCAGCUGCAGCUACGGGUGGACUGACACUUAAAAGUGGCUGUCGAUCUCGGCUCCGCUCAUUAGUGAGGGUGUGACAGCGUGUGACAGUGUGUGUCGUCGUGGAAACAGAAGCGCUGAAGCCCGGAGGCUGACCGAAGCGCUCUAUCACGGCAGUGGAUUUCUAGUCAGCCAUGAUGUCAGUACAAACCCCUCCCCUCUCCCGCUCUGGCUCCUCCCCCUCAAAUGUGGGUCUGGCCAAUCGCAGCAGUUCCUCUGCCACUCCACCCACUUCCCUCAGUCUUCGUUCCUCCUACAAUCAGCUGCUUGGGCGUGAUGUCAUCAAAGGGUCUAUGGAAACUGGAAGUUCUGCCACUUUGCCAAAGAGCCGUCAGAGAUACGCUAUGACCACUGUGCGGAGCGCCAUGGGGAUAAGUGACAACUGGACUUUGUCCUCUAAAAUCCAACCUGUAAGUAGAGGGAGAGGCCUCCCCACUAAGUCCUCCUCCAGUUCAGCUCUCUACACCUCUUCUUCCUCAUCCUCACUCUUUAAUACAACCAACCCUAAGCUGGCCAAGAAUGGGGCCAACAUGCAGAGACGAGCUGAGAGUCAGCAACUGGAGCUGAGUAGGGCCAAUACAGAGGGAAAAAUUCACAAUGAUCUCAGAAAUAACCCAACUUCUGACUGGCUGGAACUCGAGAAAGACAACUCACAGCAGCCACCAUUCCGUAGAAGAACCAAGAGCUUCUUGGAGUACCAUGGCAAGGGCUGGGAUCUGGACUUCAACUGGGGAAAGAAAGAGGACAAGGAGGAGAAGAAACAGCAACCAUCUCCAGAGAAAGAGCAGGCCAGCCCUGCCAAAGAGAGGGACAGCCAGAAGGAGGAGAAGCCCAGCACCAAGCAGGCCUGCCAGGAAGAGAAGGAUGAGGUGGAGCCGGUGGUAGAGGAGGAGGAGGAGGAAGAGGAAGAUGACCCCACACCAACACCAAGACAGCCUCUACUACCAGUGGUAGUGGAGGCCCCGCUUUCCUCAACCUCUUCCUCGUCCACCAACAGCCCAGAGUGGGUUCCGGAGAGCCACAACUCCCUGCAGAACCAGGCUCCAGCCCAGGGCCGAGAGGCCCUCUGUGUUCAGCUUCAGGCUAGUCCACGCAGUCCUGCAAAGCCGCCUCGCAGCUCCCAGCCCCGGGUAAUCAAAGUGGAGCUACACCCCAACAAUGAGAACCAGUUCUUGCAGCAGUACCCACCUUCCUCCCCUAAACAGGCCCGGGCUUCAGAGAGAAACACCCCUACUAGGAGCUGGGAACCCCCUGCUCUGCCUGGUUCUGAACAAGAGAUUGGGCUCCCUAAAGUGGGCUUUAGAAUGGAUCUGACUCCUGACACUCCAUCAGAGGACGAAGACUCCAGCUGGACCACACUGUCCCAGGAGACACCUUCUCCUCAAACCCCACAGGAGACAGACUGUCUGAUCUGGAAAUGUACCAAAAAGCCUCUUCUUAAGCAACAGAGGUAUGGGGUGAGGGGGAGCUGCCCCCAGGCUGGCAGGAGGUCUCAGACUCAUCAGAGGUCUAUUUCUGGCACGUCCCCACCGGCGCCACACAGUACCACCGACCUGUUGCUUCUGACAACCAACACACCUCUCCCAGCAAUGAGCCAGACUGUGAACGUGACCCACAACAGCAAACGCAGGAGUCCCUCAAGCCAUCCAACGAGCGCCCCAGCAGCCUGAUAUCCGACAGCCAGCUCCGUGGAGCCAGCCCCCUCUCCCUCUGGCUCCUCCCCCUCCUCCCCCUCCUCCUCCUCCACCCCCUCCAAUG